CUCGGGCCUGAAGAACACCACCAACACUCCAUCACAUCAACACCAAUUCCUCCCAUUUCAGUCUGAACACUACAGAGCAAUCAUGACUUCCUCUCUUGACCAGCUGAAGGCCACCGGCACUGUCGUUGUCUGCGACUCUGGCGACUUUGCCACCAUCGACAAGUACAAGCCGCAAGACGCGACAACCAACCCAUCCUUGAUCCUCGCUGCCUCGAAGAAGGAGGACUACGCCAAGCUCAUCGACGAUGCGGUCGAGUACGGCAAGAAGCACGGUAGCUCCAUUGAAGAGAAGGUUGAUGCGACAUUGGACAAUCUCCUCGUGCAGUUCGGCAAGGAGAUCUUGAAAAUUGUCCCAGGCAAGGUCUCGACAGAGGUUGAUGCCAAACUCUCCUUCGACAAGAAGGCCUCGGUUGAGAAGGCUCUGCACAUCAUUGAGCUCUACAAAGAGCAGGGUAUUGACAAGUCUCGCGUCUUGAUCAAGCUUGCUUCGACAUGGGAGGGCAUCCAAGCUGCCCACGAGCUCCAGACCAAGCACGGCGUCAACUGCAACCUGACUCUCAUGUUUUCUAUCGUCCAGGCGAUCGCUGCCGCCGAAGCCGGUGCAUUCCUUAUCUCUCCGUUUGUUGGCCGCAUCCUUGAUUGGUACAAGGCCAACACGAAGCAAGAGUACACCAAGGAGAACGACCCGGGUGUCAAGUCUGUGCAGCAGAUCUUUAACUACUACAAGAAGUACGACUACAAGACCAUUGUCAUGGGUGCAUCCUUCCGCAACGUUGGAGAGAUCACUGAGCUUGCUGGCUGCGACUACCUCACAAUUGCUCCAAACCUCCUUGAGCAGCUGUACAACAGCCAAGAGCCUGUGCCACAGAAGCUGAAGGCUUCGGAUGCCUCUGCGCUCAACAUCGAGAAGAAGAGCUACCUUCACGACGAGGCCGCUUUCCGCUUCGACUUCAACGAGGAGACCAUGGCUGUACACAAGCUUUCCGAGGGUAUUAGCAAGUUCGCUGCGGAUGCUGUCACAUUGAAGGACAUCCUCAGGAAGAAGAUUGGCGCAUAGAACACUAUGAUUGAAUGAUGUUUCCUUAGCGAUGGGGUAGCUUGAAUUCCAGCUCCAAAAUGCAUAGAGGUGUUUAGGUCGUGCCAAUGCCAAGAAGUAAGAAACGCUUCCGACC